AUGGUGUUGCCGAUUCUACCGUUAAUUGAUGAUCUGGCCUCAUGGAAUAGUAAGAAAGAAUAUGUUUCCCUAGUCGGUCAGGUGCUCUUGGAUGGCUCAAGUUUGAGCAAUGAAGAAAUUCUCCAGUUUACUAAAAAGGAAGAAGUUCCGUUGGUGGCUUUAUCCCUGCCAAGUGGAAAGUUCAGUGAUGAUGAAAUCAUUGGCUUUUUAAACAAUGGAAUAUCUUCUCUUUUCAUUGGUAUGCAAGACGCGAAAACAGUCGACCACUUGGUUGGUGAAUUGAAUGUGCCAAAGGAUCGAGUUGUUGUGGAGGAGAACGGUGUUUUCUCUAACCAAUUCAUAGUGAAGCAAAAAUUCUCGCAAGAUAAAAUUGUGUCUAUAAGGAAGUUGAGCAAGAAUUUGUUAGCCAGUGAAGUAGUUGCUGAAGUGCGUACAGAUCGUCCUGAUGGGCUUUUUACCACACUGGUUGUCGAUCAAUAUGAGCGUUGUUUAGGGUUAGUAUACUCAUCCAAGGAAUCUAUAGCAAAGGCCAUUGAUCUGGGUCGUGGUGUGUAUUAUUCUCGGUCUAGAAAUGAAAUUUGGGUCAAAGGUGAAACUUCUGGCAAUGGUCAAAAGCUUUUGCAAAUCUCUACUGAUUGUGAUUCUGACGCUUUGAAAUUUAUCGUCGAGCAAGAGAACGUUGGAUUUUGCCACUUGGAGACCAUGUCUUGCUUUGGAGAAUUCAAACAUGGUUUGGUGGGCCUAGAAUCUUUACUAAAGCAAAGAUUGCAAGAUGCUCCAGAAGGUUCAUACAGCAGAAGGUUAUUCAACGAUCCCGCAUUGCUGGACGCCAAGAUCAAAGAAGAGGCGGAAGAACUGACUGAGGCAAAGGGCAAACAAGAAAUUUCUUGGGAGGCUGCUGACUUGUUCUACUUCGCGUUGGCCAAAUUGGUGACCAACAAUGUUUCUUUGAAGGACGUCGAGAAUAACCUUAAUAUGAAACACUUGAAGAUUACAAGAAGAAAGGGUGAUGCUAAACCAAAGUUUGUGGAAGAAGCAAAAUCUGAAGAGGAAAAGGCAUCUGGACCAAUUCACUUGCAUGUGGUAGAAGCAUCUGACAAAGCUGGCGUUGAGAGGGCCUUAAGCAGACCAAUUCAAAAAACCUCGGAAAUUAUGCAUCUAGUCAACCCAAUCAUUGAAAACGUUAGAGAUAAAGGUGACUCUGCUCUUUUGGAGUACACAGAAAAGUUCGAUGGUGUCAAAUUGUCCACUCCCGUUCUUAAUGCUCCAUUCCCUGAAGAAUAUUUUGAAGGUUUAACUGACGAAAUGAAAGAAGCUUUGGAUCUAUCCAUUGAAAACGUCCGCAAGUUCCACGCUGCUCAAUUGCCUACAGAAACUCUUGAAGUGGAAACACAACCUGGUGUUUUGUGUUCAAGAUUUCCCCGUCCAAUUGAAAAAGUUGGUCUGUACAUCCCUGGUGGUACUGCUAUUUUACCAAGUACUGCACUAAUGCUUGGUGUCCCAGCUCAAGUUGCUCAAUGUAAGGAAAUUGUAUUCGCAUCUCCGCCAAGAAAAUCUGAUGGUAAAGUUUCACCUGAAGUUGUUUACGUCGCAGAAAAAGUUGGUGCUUCAAAAAUUGUUCUAGCUGGUGGUGCUCAAGCUGUUGCUUCCAUGGCUUACGGUACUGAGACCAUUCCUAAAGUCGAUAAGAUUUUGGGUCCAGGGAAUCAAUUCGUCACUGCUGCUAAGAUGUACGUGCAGAAUGACACUCAAGCUCUUUGUUCCAUCGAUAUGCCAGCCGGCCCAAGUGAAGUCUUGGUUAUUGCUGAUGAAGACGCUGACGUAGAUUUUGUUGCCAGUGAUUUACUGUCACAAGCUGAACAUGGUAUUGACUCCCAAGUCAUCCUUGUUGGUGUUAAACUGAGCGAAAAGAAAAUUCAAGAAAUUCAAGAUGCCGUCCACAACCAAGCUUUACAAUUGCCACGUGUGGAUAUCGUUCGUAAAUGUAUUUCCCACAGUACAAUAGUUCUUUGUGAAGGCUAUGAAGAAGCGCUAGAUAUGUCCAACCAGUAUGCACCAGAACAUUUGAUUCUACAGAUUGCCAACGCCAACGACUACGUUAAAUUGGUUGAUAACGCAGGGUCUGUCUUUGUCGGUGCCUACACCCCAGAAUCGUGUGGUGAUUAUUCAAGUGGUACCAACCAUACUCUACCAACCUAUGGUUAUGCUAGGCAAUACAGUGGUGCGAACACUGCGACUUUUCAAAAGUUCAUUACUGCUCAGAAUAUUACCCCUGAAGGUUUAGAAAACAUCGGUAGAGCUGUCAUGUGUGUCGCCAAGAAAGAAGGCUUGGAUGGUCACAGGAACGCUGUGAAAAUCAGAAUGAGUAAGCUUGGGUUGAUCCCAAAGGAUUUCCAGUAG